AUGACGGCUACACUGUUACUUCCAGGAUACCUUACAAUAUUAGAAGUUUUGUAUGUUAUUUGGGGUGUUUGUUUAUAUGGUGCCAAUAGUUUAUUAAAUUUACUUCAACAGUAUUGUGUCGGCAAUGCAUCCAAACUCAUUUCUGGGUGUUCCUCCAUUGAUCCACAUGAAGGAUAUUUGGAUGCUUUAGAUACUUUGGAAAGACGAUGUGGCAAUCCUCAUUCUAUACCAGAUAAACUAAUAACGUCUUUGAGGUCCGGUAAGUUUUUAAAAACUGCCCAGGACUUAUUGUCUUUGUCUGAUUCUCUACGGGAUGCAUAUACAAUUUUAUAUGAGUUACACGAGGUUAUCAUACCUUCAUCACAGAAGGAUUGUUUGCGCUUUCUUUGGUUCAGUGAAAACAAUGAUGUUUCAACGUUUCGCAUGACAGGACAUGUUUUUGGUGGCGAAUGGUGCGCCGCUAGUUCUACCUACGCAUUGCGCAGAACUGUUCUUGAUGAUUCGCAGAUCAGAAUUAAACCUAAUAUCAAGACCCUUAAUCCUUAUUUCUAA